GAGGGUGGUAGUGCUCGGUACAGUUCCAAUUCCUCCGUCUCCCUGACCACCUCGAGUGGCGUCGGUGCCUCCGGCAAUCUGACAUUGCCCAGCAGCUCCGGUUACGGAUUCACCUCGCACUCCUUCACCUCGUCCACAGGCACCGGUUUGCCCAGCCUCCCUCCUUUCAGCACUGCCACAACCGCAGGCGUCAACAGCACAGCCUCAACAACACUGCAUCUAACGCCAGCCUUUGCGAGCCAUCAUUCCAUUCUGCACUCAUCCUCAGCCCAACCGAGCACAUCUGCCUCAUCUGGUCACUCGUUGACGUCGCCAGAUCUGUCCACAGCUUCAUCCACAAUUCGACAGUCCAUCAGCUCGCUGUCCUCCACGGCCAAAUCCGCCUCUUCCAGCAUCCAACCUUCAUUGGCAGUCUCCUCCUCCGCCACACCCUCGCCUCCCUCCUCCUCCUCUUCUCCCAGCACCACCUCCUCGCCAUCCUUCGCCUUCACACAAGCCUGUUGCCUCUCGCCGUCCACCUCUUCCGGCUCCGGUCUGGCGGCUUCCAGUUCAGCCACCUUCACACCUCGACACUCGCCCAGUCGCUAUGCCUCCGUCGGCGACGGAGCCCACUCGUCCGAGUGUUCGGCCAGCUCCGUCGCCUCUGGUCAGACGAUGAGGCGGCCAUCUGUGAGUUGGCAUUUCAUGGCAAACUGCCCAGUUGAUGGUAGACCAUCGAGGCGUAACUUGUAG